AUCACCUCGAUUACGGGUGUGCAGGUACCGGGAUUCUCUCGUCGGUCGCGUACAAGACAUCAGUUCGUAGUCACUCGUCGCCUGUCGAGGCCCAAUUAGUGACACCAGGGUCGAGUCGAUCGCCGUCCGUCUGGUGGUCCAAUCCGGGUGCUUUUACAUUUCGUUUGGCUGUUGAUCAAUCCAAGAACCAAGAUGUUUCACCUGAAAACGUUAGUGAAAACCGCGGCGUUGAAGCAAGCGACGGAUGUAAGCGUUCUCGCCCGAGUUCUUCCGACAGCUCUCCAGCAGACACGCGGUUACGCCGACCAUCAAAUCCCGGAUCGCCUGAAGGAUGUGCCUGCCGCACCAAACCCGAAAUUCUUCGAUAUGGUGGAGUACUUCUUCCAUAGAGCCUGCCAAAUCGUCGAGGACAAACUAGUCGAGGAUAUUGGCAAGGGAUCGAAACUGUCGGUCGAGGAUCGAAAAAAGAAGGUUAAGGGUAUCCUCAUGCUGAUGCAGCCCUGCGAUCACAUACUCGAAAUCAGUUUUCCCCUCAGACGCGAUUCCGGUGAUUAUGAAAUGAUACAGGGAUACAGAGCUCAGCACUCGACUCAUCGUACGCCCUGCAAAGGAGGUAUUCGUUUCUCAAUGGACGUAUCGCGCGAUGAGGUGAAAGCGUUGUCCGCUUUGAUGACCUUCAAGUGUGCUUGCGUCGACGUACCAUUUGGCGGAGCUAAAGCUGGUAUCAGGAUUAACCCAAAGCUAUACUCAGAACACGAAUUGGAAAAGAUCACGCGAAGGUUUACCCUGGAGCUUGCAAAGAAAGGAUUCAUUGGACCUGGCGUGGACGUUCCUGCUCCUGAUAUGGGAACUGGUGAACGUGAGAUGUCUUGGAUUGCAGACACCUAUGCCAAAACAAUUGGCCACUUGGACAUCAACGCUCACGCAUGUGUAACUGGAAAACCCAUUAACCAGGGUGGGAUUCACGGGCGAAUCUCUGCCACGGGACGCGGAGUUUUCCACGGCCUUGAAAAUUUCAUUAACGAAGCAAACUACAUGAGCAUGAUCGGAACAACUCCCGGCUGGGGUGGCAAAACCUUCAUCGUUCAGGGCUUUGGUAAUGUAGGUCUUCACUCGAUGCGUUAUUUGCAUCGUGCCGGUGCUGUCUGCAUAGGUGUUAUUGAACACGAUGGAUCCAUCUUCAACCCUGAGGGUAUCGACCCCAAGCAAUUGGAAGAUUAUCGCAACGAUACAGGCUCCGUCGUCGGUUUCCCUGGUGCUAAACCGUACGAAGGAGAGAACUUGAUGUACGAGCCUUGUGAUAUCUUCAUUCCGGCUGCUGUUGAGAAAGUCAUUAACAAAGAAAACGCUGGUCGUAUUCAGGCGAAAAUUAUUGCUGAAGCUGCUAAUGGCCCCACUACUCCUGCCGCCGAUCAAAUCCUUAUCCAAAGGGAUAUUCUUGUGAUUCCUGAUCUCUACAUCAACGCUGGUGGUGUGACCGUUUCCUUCUUUGAGUGGCUCAAAAAUUUAAAUCAUGUCUCGUAUGGGCGACUUACAUUCAAGUACGAGAGAGAGUCCAACUACCAUCUUUUGGAAUCUGUUCAGGAAUCACUUGAACGUAGGUUCGGACGUGUAGGUGGUCGAAUCCCGGUGACACCCUCAGAAUCUUUCCAGAAACGUAUUUCCGGAGCUUCAGAAAAGGACAUUGUACAUUCUGGUCUUGAUUACACAAUGGAGCGAUCAGCAAGGGCCAUCAUGAAGACAGCGAUGAAGUACAAUCUUGGAUUAGAUUUGAGGACAGCUGCGUACGCGAACUCAAUUGAGAAAAUCUUCACAACUUACUCGGAGGCUGGACUCGCUUUCUAAGCACGGAUCAAGUGCGAUGAAAUUUUUGAUCUAUUUCAUGAGUCAAAAAAUGAAUUACUUGGCAUCAGAUAUAAGUUACCCAGGGAGUUUAAGGAGAAUAAGUCAGUAUUGUAAAUUUUUUAUCCGCACGCCAUUUAACUCACUUUAAUCUCGAUAUUCAUUUUAAUGUGUGAUUUAUACGCCAUUCAACUAUAUACACAGUGUGGCGUAUAUUUCUUGUGGACGUACUCAUGUGCCAUGUGAUAGUCAACGAUUGAUUUUAAAGCUACAGAGAACGUUAUGAAUAGCAAAAUAAUCAUAUUACACACGCUUUCCCACUUUAGUGUGUUGUUUCUAUUUUCCUUGUUGGACAUACUGAAACACAAAGAUUAUUUUUUUGGCGAUUUUCUUUCAUUCCACCAUCGCCUAAUUAUGAAUGCAUAUUUUGCUAUUCUAAUGAAUACACGACAAUUUUCAAAAAUACGUAACGCAAUAUUAUUUACAUUCAUUUACAUUAAUUCAGUAGACAGGAUGUAUUAUAACGAACAGUGAUGAUGUAACAGUUGAAGUAUCAUGUUAAUAAAACUUACUCUCUCGUGAA